AUGGGUCGAAUGCCUCUAUUUGCUGAAAAUGAGGCUUGCUAUCCAACAUGGACCAUACGUAUUGAAAUUGGUCUUGCACAUUGCCCGAACCUCAUCGCGACUAAAGACGAGACGGAGUACUUCUCAUCCGAAGGUCUACAGCUCAUUCAGCAAAGCCUUGCAGAACUUGGUCUCAUCCCGAGGAAGGCGGGAUUCAGAUUAACGAUGGUCCUUGACGAUGAUAUCAUGUACAGCCAGACGGAAGAAGUCUUGAAAGCCAUGCGAUUAAGCUACGAGAAAUCCACGCAGGCUGGCAUGCACUUCCGGGUAUAUGGUUAUCCUGCGUCCGACGGUGCCCCUAUUGUCCGGAUCGAUCGUUACUACAGGCUGCACGCGGAGCUUUGGCAAGACUUUGCCGGAUCACAACGCUGCCGUAAAGAUCAUCCUGCGGAAUAUCCUUCAGAUGAUGAUGCGCCGGAUCAAGCUUCUUGGUUGAACCGCUCAGCUAAUGAGAUGGAACGCAGGGGACAUAGUAUGGAUGAGCUGCCAGAGUAUGAGAUGAAGAUGGAAUGGAUUUCGCUCCUUCGGGACAGGGCUUACUGA